AUGUCCUUCCCCCCUCAUUUGAAUCGCCCUCCCAUGGGAAUCCCAGCACUUCCACCAGGGAUCCCACCCCCACAGUUUCCUGGCUUUCCUCCACCUGUACCGCCAGGGACUCCAAUGAUUCCUGUGCCAAUGAGCAUUAUGGCUCCUGCUCCAACUAAAAGUAGGGGCAAACUUAGAGCCUUUGGAUUCUGUGAGUAUAAGGAGCCUGAAUCUACCCUCCGUGCACUCAGGUUAUUGCAUGACCUGCAGAUUGGAGAGAAGAAGCUGCUUGUUAAAGUUGAUGCAAAGACAAAAGCACAGCUUGAUGAAUGGAAAGCAAAGAAGAAAGCUUCUAAUGGGAAUGCCAGGCCAGAGACGGUCACUACUGAUGAUGAAGAAGCCUUAGAUGAAGAAACAAAGAGAAGAGAUCAGAUGAUUAAAGGGGCCAUUGAAGUUUUAAUACGUGAAUAUUCCAGUGAACUCAACGCCCCCUCACAGGAAUCUGACUCUCACCCCAGGAAGAAGAAGAAGGAGAAGAAGGAGGACAUUUUCCGCAGAUUUCCAGUGGCCCCACUGAUCCCUUAUCCACUCAUCACUAAGGAGGAUAUAAAUGCUAUAGAAAUGGAAGAAGAUAAAAGAGACCUGAUAUCCCGAGAGAUCAGCAAAUUCAGAGACACACACAAGAAACUGGAAGAAGAGAAAGGCAAAAAGGAGAAAGAAAGACAGGAAAUUGAGAAAGAACGGAGAGAAAGAGAGAGGGAGCGUGAAAGGGAACGAGAAAGGCGAGAACGGGAACGAGAAAGGGAAAGAGAACGUGAACGAGAAAAGGAGAAGGAACGGGAGCGGGAACGAGAACGGGAUAGGGAUCGUGACCGGACGAAAGAGAGAGAUCGAGAUCGGGAUCGAGAGAGAGAUCGUGACCGAGACCGAGAAAGGAGCUCAGAUCGUAAUAAAGAUCGAAGUCGAUCAAGAGAGAAGAGCAGAGAUCGUGAAAGGGAACGGGAGCGAGAAAGAGAGAGAGAGCGGGAACGGGAAAGAGAACGGGAGCGAGAGAGAGAGCGAGAAAGGGAGCGGGAGAGAGAAAGAGAGAAAGACAAGAAACGGGAUCGAGAAGAAGAUGAAGAAGAUGCAUAUGAACGAAGAAAACUUGAAAGAAAACUCCGAGAGAAAGAAGCUGCUUAUCAAGAGCGCCUUAAAAAUUGGGAAAUCAGAGAACGGAAGAAAACGCGGGAAUAUGAGAAAGAGGCUGAGCGAGAAGAAGAACGAAGAAGAGAAAUGGCAAAAGAAGCUAAACGACUAAAAGAAUUCUUAGAAGAUUAUGAUGAUGAUAGGGAUGAUCCUAAGUAUUACAGAGGAAGUGCUCUUCAGAAAAGGUUGCGUGAUAGGGAAAAGGAAAUGGAAGCAGAUGAGCGUGACAGAAAGAGAGAGAAGGAAGAGCUGGAGGAAAUUAGGCAGCGCCUUCUGGCAGAGGGACACCCAGACCCAGAUGCAGAGCUCCAAAGGAUGGAACAAGAGGCCGAGAGGCGCAGGCAACCACAGAUAAAGCAAGAACCAGAAUCUGAGGAAGAAGAAGAAGAAAAGCAAGAAAAAGAAGAAAAACGAGAAGAACCCGUUGAAGAGGAAGAAGAACCAGAGCAAAAGCCCUGUCUUAAACCUACUCUGAGACCCAUCAGUUCAGCCCCAUCUGUUUCCUCUGCCAGUGGCAAUGCCACCCCCAACACUCCUGGGGAUGAGUCUCCCUGUGGAAUUAUUAUUCCUCAUGAAAAUUCACCUGAUCAACAACAACCUGAGGAACAUAGGCCAAAAAUAGGACUUAGUCUUAAACUGGGUGCUUCCAAUAGUCCUGGUCAACCUAAUUCUGUGAAGAGAAAGAAACUCCCUGUAGAUAGUGUCUUUAACAAAUUUGAGGAUGAAGACAGUGAUGAUGUACCUCGAAAAAGGAAACUGGUUCCCUUGGAUUAUGGUGAAGAUGAUAAAAAUGCUGCCAAAGGCACUGUAAAUACUGAAGAGAAGCGCAAGCACAUUAAGAGUCUUAUUGAGAAGAUCCCCACAGCCAAACCUGAGCUCUUUGCCUAUCCCCUCGAUUGGUCUAUUGUGGAUUCUAUACUGAUGGAACGACGAAUUAGACCAUGGAUUAAUAAGAAAAUCAUAGAAUACAUAGGUGAAGAAGAAGCUACAUUAGUUGAUUUCGUUUGUUCUAAGGUUAUGGCUCACAGUUCACCUCAGAGCAUUUUAGAUGAUGUUGCCAUGGUACUUGACGAAGAAGCAGAAGUUUUUAUAGUCAAAAUGUGGAGAUUAUUGAUAUAUGAAACAGAAGCCAAGAAAAUUGGUCUUGUGAAGUAA